AUGAAGACUGUGCUAUUUGCCUGUGUCCACAACGCUGGGCGAUCGCAGAUGUCGAACGCUCUAUUCAACCACUUAGUGGAUCCAGAAAAAGCUCGGGGCAUAUCUGCAGGGACGCAGCCCGGCACAAAGGUUCACCCGGAGGUGCUUGUGGCAAUGUCUGAGCUCGACGUUGAUUUGUCUUCCGUCCAGCCGCAGCUUCUCACCCCAGAAUUGGCUGCCUCAGCUGACUUGCUUAUCACAAUGGGCUGUGGGGAAGCCUGCCCAUACGUCCCUGGCCUCAAGCGUCUUGAUUGGCCUCUGGAGGAUCCGAAGGGAAAGCCAUUGGAGAGGGUCAGGAAAAUUCGGGACGAAGUGAAGAGCAGAAUCCUGGAGCUUAUAAAGCAGGAGGGCUGGGGCAAAGCGGAGGCCUGA